CGCUCGACAGCCAGCUCACCGUGGAGAAGACCCCCAGCUACUUCGUCACCAAGGAGGCCCCGCGGCGGAUCUUCAACAUGUCCCGGGACACCAAGCUGAUCGUGGUGGUGAGGAACCCGGUCACCCGGGCCAUCUCGGACUACACGCAGACGCUCUCCAAGAAGCCGGACAUCCCCACCUUCGAGGGGCUGUCCUUCCGCAACCGCAGCCUGGGGCUGGUGGACACGUCCUGGAACGCCAUCCGCAUCGGGAUGUACGCCGUGCACCUGCAGAGCUGGCUCCAGUACUUCCCCCUCUCCCAGAUCCACUUCGUCAGCGGGGAAAAGCUGAUCACGGACCCCGCCGGGGAGAUGGGCAAAGUCCAGGACUUCCUGGGCAUCAAACGGGUUAUCACGGACAAGCACUUCUACUUCAACAAGACAAAAGGGUUUCCUUGCCUGAAAAAAACAGAGAGCGGCAGCUUGCCCCGCUGCCUGGGCAAGUCCAAAGGGAGGACUCACGUGCAGAUAGACCCGGAGGUGAUAGAGCAGCUUCGGGACUUUUAUAGACCUUAUAAUAUUAAAUUCUAUGAAACAGUUGGGCAGGACUUCAGGUGGGAAUAAGCAUUCGGGAGCAGAGCUGCGGUGAUGUGCACGCUCUGCAGUCU